AUGUGUGUUUCUCUCUCGGCUCGGAAAAAGUUUGGAUUCGUUGAUGGUACAAUUCCAAAACCGAGUGAGGAAUCCGGUGAUCUUGAAGAUUGGUGGACUAACAACGCUCUUGUUGUUUCAUGGAUCAAACUAACAAUUGAUCCUCCGUUACGUACAUCGAUCUCUCAUCGCGAUGUUGCGUACGAUUUGUGGGAAGCUAUUAAGAAGCAAUUCUCUGUUAAGAACGGCCAGAGAGUUCAGCGACUUAAAGUUGAAUUGGUGACUUGUCGUCAACGUGGCUCAACCAUUGAAGAGUACUAUGGCAAGAUGAUGAGUCUCUGGACGUCCUUGGCAGAUCAUCGUCAAGCUAAAAAUUGUGGUUGUCCUCUUGGUUACGAUUUGGAGAAAGAACGUGAAGAGGACAGACUUCAUGAAUUUUUUAUGGGCAUUGACGAGUCUGUUUACAGUGCAGUAAAGUCCAAUCUUCUCUCUAGAGAUCCUCUCCCAUCUCUUGACGAAGCAUCUUAA